AUGCUAAAAGAGAAACUGUAAGAAGUAAAGGAUUAAAAUACAAAUUUAUAUGAACAUUUGAAUAAUGUAUUAACUAAAAUAUUAUUGGAUAAUCCAAAAGUAUGAAUUCAUUAUGAUUUAUAUAGAAUGCAUUUGAAUUAUUUGAAGAUUAUUCAUUUUAAGUAAAAUCAAAUGGUUUUAAAUUUGAAAAAUAUAAUGAAUUUGAUAAUGCAGAAAGAUCAAAAAUAAAUAUGGAUUAAAGUAUAUAAUAAAAGACAUUGAAACUUAUAAAUAAAAUUAAUCUUGGAACUGAUGAAGAACCAUAAGAAGCAACUUAAACUGGAUAUUUACCUAAUUUAAUAGAAGAAUCUUAUUUAUAUGAAUGGGCUGGUAUUGGAAUUGAUGAAAAUUAUAAAAUAUUUAAAGCAUUAACUGUAAUCUAUUUAUUAUAUAUAAUUAGCUAUUAUCUGUUACUAAAUAAGCAUCAAAAUUAAGAUUUUGGGGUAAAAUAAUGGGUAGAUAAAAGGAUUAUUAUAUUGCUGAAGGAAUUGCUACUAGUUAAGUUGAAGAUGGUGAAUUACCACCUGAAGUUGAACCUAGAGGAACUGGAAUUAAUACUAAAUCUUAUUGGGCAUGCAAUGAUUUAUUAAAUGAUAAAGAUUGGAUUGAAUUACCUUUAAUUACACCUUAAUAAAUUAAUACUUCUAGAUUAAUUAAAUAUAUGUUUACAGGUAAUUUAGAAUCUGAUGUUAUUACUAAUCCUUAUUUCUUUGGAAAAGAAAAACAUUUAUUAAAAGCAUAAAUUGUUAGAAUUACAUAAUCUACUGUUAUUAUUCCAAAAGGUUAAUAUAUUUUAAGAGAAGGUGAACCAAGAGAAAUAGAUCCAACACCUGAAUAUAAAUUACCAGGAUUUCAUGAUUUAAAAACAUUAAAUGAUUGGAUGCAUUUCAAUUAAAAUAUAUUAAAUGUAUAUUAUAUAUAUANAUAUUAUUUUUCCCUUUUAGUAUUUAAUAUUUAAUAUAUAUCUCCAAAUUUAGAAAUUUUAUAUAAUUUUUAGUAAAUUUUCAAUACUUAUAAUUUUAAUAAAGGCAAUAAAAUGCUCUAGCAGCUUUAAUAUUACUCUAAACUUUUUUUUAUUUAAUAUCAAUUGAAGAAUUAAGAAAUCAAAAAUCAAAAAUUCGUACAUAUAAAAACCAUUAAAUAGAUGUCAGGUGGAUCAAAUAAUCUAAAUAAGGGAUUACUUAUAUUAUAUUGA